AUGACUGAGGAUAUUGGUAAGCCUCCUCCCAAGCAGUAUGAUUAUCUGCUGAAAUUCCUUUUGGUGGGUGACAGUGAUGUGGGUAAACAAGAAAUCCUAUCUGAUCUUGAUGAUGGAUCUUCAGAGAGCCCCUUCUGUGGUCACAGUGGAAAGUCAUACAAAACAACCACCAUUUUACUUGAUGGCAAAAGGGUGAAACUACAAUUAUGGGACACCUCUGGUCAAGGUCGUUUUUGUACCAUAAUUCGCAGCUAUUCUAGGGGAGCACAAGGUGUUCUCCUUGUAUAUGAUAUCACCAACCGAUGGUCCUUUGAUGGACUGGAUCGCUGGUUGAAAGAGGUGGAUGAGCAUGCUCCUGGGGUGCCCAAAGUGCUUGUAGGCAACCGUUUGCACCUAGCAUUCAACAGGAAGGUGGGCCAAAGAGAUGCUCAAGUGUAUGCUGACAAGCACAGCAUGGCCUUUUUUGAAGUGUCCCCCCUAUGUAACUUCAACAUACAUGAGAGCUUCUGUGAGCUCUCCAGAAUGGCCUUGAGGAGAAAUGGCUUGGAGAGAUUGUGGAGGUCCAAUAAAGUGCUGAGCCUGCAAGAACUGUGCUGCCGAGCGAUCGUGGCGCGGACGACCGUCUACAGCAUCGAGCAGCUGCCUCUGCCCACCUGCGUCAAGUCCCAUCUGAAAUCGUACGCGCUGACCUCUUCGUCCGCCCAAUGGCGACACACCAUCGGCCAGAAGAAGAGCGCGGGCGGGCGCAAGUUGCGCUUCCCCAGCACGCCCACCACUCCGGGCGGCGCCACCGUCGAUUCCCGGACCAGCUGCGUGCCUCGCAACAGUUGCACCGUAUCUUGA